AUGUCGGGAGAGAAAGACCUCGAGAACGGCGACCCCAAGAGGGAGCGAAUCUCCUUCGCCGAUGGUUGGGAUCCAGAUAAAGAUGAGGGCGAAUAUGCCAACCUCCUGCGAUACAUCUCAACCUACCGAGACAGACGAUUCUCUAAAGCUCCCUCUCAAGUUUCGGGCGACGAUGUCGACGCAUCCAAACCAAAGAAGAAGGGCUUCUUCGCACGAAUGUUCGGUGGCGGCAAUGGCCCAGAGGCUCUCUUCGAGGUGCCUGAAGACUGGGUCCUCACGGAUAUCAACACAGGUCUGUCGUCAGCGCAGGUCGAAGAGCGUAGGAGGAAGACUGGUUUCAACGAGCUCACUACCGAAAAAGAAAACAUGUUCCUGAAGUUCUUGGGUUACUUCAGAGGCCCAAUUCUCUAUGUUAUGGAACUUGCUGUCUUGCUCGCGGCUGGUCUGCGAGAUUGGAUUGAUUUCGCUGUCAUCAUCGGUAUCCUUCUGCUCAACGCUGUUGUCGGUUGGUACCAGGAAAAACAAGCUGCCGAUGUCGUGGCUUCUUUGAAGGGUGAUAUUGCCAUGAAGGCUAUCGUUGUUCGUGAUGGUCGUGAGCAAGAAAUCAAGGCUCGUGAACUGGUUCCCGGUGACGUUCUUAUCUUGGAAGAGGGUAUGGUCGUUGCUGCGGAGUGCCGACUCAUUUGCGACUACGAUAACAAAGCUGGUUUUGAAGAGUAUAAGCAAUUGGUCAGCGAUCCAGAGGAGCACUACUCUAAGAACCACACUGACUCGGACGACGAUGACGAGCACCACUCUGGUGUCUCCAUCGUGGCUACUGAUCAAUCUGCUAUCACUGGUGAAUCCCUUGCUGUCGACAAGUACAUGGGCGACGUCUGCUACUACACUACUGGUUGCAAGCGAGGUCAUGCUUACUCAAUGGUUACCGAGUCUGCUCGUGGAUCUUUCGUCGGAAAGACUGCAUCGCUUGUCCAAGGUGCCAACGAUUCUGGUCAUUUCAAGCAGGUCAUGGACUCCAUCGGUACCGCGCUUUUAGUUCUCGUCGUUUUCUGGAUCCUCGCUGCCUGGAUCGGUGGUUUCUUCCACAACAUUCCUAUUGCUACACCUCAGCACAGCUCUAUCAACUUGCUCCACUACGCUUUGAUCCUGCUCAUCAUCGGUGUCCCCGUUGGUCUGCCAGUCGUCACGACGACUACCUUGGCCGUCGGUGCUGCCUACUUGGCUAAGCAGAAGGCCAUUGUCCAGAAGCUUACUGCCAUUGAGUCUCUUGCUGGUGUCGACGUUCUGUGCUCUGACAAGACUGGUACUUUGACUGCCAAUCAGCUUACUAUCCGUGAACCAUAUGUUGCUGAGGGCGAGGAUGUCAACUGGAUGAUGGCUUGUGCCGCUCUUGCAUCAUCUCACAACUUGAAAGCUCUUGAUCCUAUUGACAAAAUCACGAUUCUCACCCUGAAGCGAUAUCCUAAGGCUCGUGAGAUCCUGUCUCAGGGAUGGAAGACUGUGAAGUACACUCCAUUCGAUCCUGUCUCCAAGCGAAUUACUACUAUCUGCACACUCAAGGGUGAGACCUGGGCUUUCUGCAAAGGUGCACCAAAAGCUGUACUGUCCAUCGCUGAGUGUGACGAGUCCACCUCCAAGCACUACAGAGAUACUGCUGCUGAUUUCGCUCGACGUGGUUUCCGAUCCCUUGGUGUAGCCUCCAAGCGUGGCAACGAGCCAUGGAAGGUCAUCGGUAUGCUUCCCAUGUUCGACCCUCCACGAGAAGACACUGCCCACACUAUUCUCGAAGCUCAAAACCUUGGUCUUUCCGUGAAGAUGUUGACUGGUGAUGCCAUUGCUAUUGCUAAGGAAACUUGCAAACUGCUCGCUCUCGGUACCAAGGUCUACAACUCUCACCGUCUCAUUGCUGGUGGUGUUGCUGGCACAACUCAGUAUGAUCUUGUUGAAAAGGCAGACGGUUUUGCUGAAGUCUUCCCCGAGCACAAGUACCAGGUCGUCGAAAUGCUGCAACAGCGAGGUCACUUGACUGCCAUGACAGGUGACGGUGUCAACGAUGCACCCUCGCUCAAGAAAUCUGACUGUGGUAUCGCUGUCGAGGGGGCCACUGAAGCUGCCCAGGCUGCAUCCGAUAUUGUCUUCCUUGCUCCAGGUCUAUCAACCAUCGUCGAUGCUAUCAAGUGCGCCCGACAGAUCUUCCAGAGAAUGAAGGCAUACGUCCAAUAUCGUAUUGCUCUUUGCCUCCACUUGGAAAUCUACCUGGUCACUUCGAUGUGUAUCAUCAACGAGACCCUCCGAACCGAUUUGAUCGUCUUCUUAGCCUUGUUCGCCGAUUUGGCCACCAUCGCUGUUGCCUACGAUAAUGCUCACUACGAACAACGACCGGUCGAAUGGCAACUGCCCAGAAUCUGGGUCAUUUCAGUCGUCCUUGGAGUACUCUUGGCUCUCUCAACCUGGAUUAUGCGAGGCACAUUCUUCCUUCCAAACGGUGGUCUCGUCCAGAACUUCGGUAAUGUUCAGCUUAUGCUCUUCUUGCAGAUCUCGCUUGUUGAGAACUGGCUUAUCUUCGUUACUCGAGGUGGUCAGACAUUCCCCAACUGGAAACUUGUUGGUGCUAUCUUCGUGGUCGAUGUUCUCUCAACACUCUUCUGUGUCUUUGGUUGGCUUCACGGUGGUGAGGAUGAGUUCUUCACCUCGCCUGGUUCCAUCCGUGUCGGUGUCCAACCAUACAGCGCGCAGACAUCCAUCGUUACCGUUGUUGUCAUUUGGGGCUACUCAAUCGGUGUCAUGAUUGUCACCGCUAUCGUUUACUACCUUCUCACCAAGAUGGAUUCGAUUACCAACCUCGGCCGCCACAAACGCUCUCGAGCUGACACUCAAAUGGAGAACAUCCUUGGUCACCUCAGCCGCAUCGCUCUCGAGCACGAGACUGACGUUCACGGCAAGUCGAAAUGGGUCUUGGGUAGCAAGACUACUGGUGAGGAGGAAGAGGAAUAG